AUGUCAACUCGACCAUCCGCAGACGGUCCUCUUUCAGCCUUGAAACGACUUCCACCUGUACUCACAUCAGUGACAGGUAAAAGCACGACCACCCCUUCUUUCAAAAGAGCGCGUGUCGGUCCAGGUCCAAUCACACCUGAUCCUUCAUCUGAUAUCGAGAUCGAUGAAGUACCUGUCAAAUACACAGCAGUACCAAUCAGGGUCUUAUCUGGACCCAUGACACCUUCCAGUUCGACAGUGGCAUUCUCAUCUUCACCCAUUCAUGGUAACAAUAGAAUGAUGGCUUCAUCUUCUUUUUCUUCUCCUACAAAAUAUUCCUUCUCCUCUCAACUCGCAAAUAUCAAUCAUAGGAAUGGCGUCAAAGCAUCUUCUCAGAUAGAGGUGGAUCACGAUUUAGUUUUGGAAAAAGGCACCACAUUCAUCUUUGGAAGGCAUCGAAAUUCAUCUUCCAACUCGAGAUCAUCUGCUUCAAGGAAAACAACCUCAACGACACUGUCAUCUUCGAUACCCAAGCACUUGUUUCAAUUGUUAUCUGCACCAGAAAACGAAACUUCUGUCAUUCACUUAUCGAAACAUGCAUCCCAUGCAUCCAGAGUGCAUGCAGCCAUCGAGUUGGUCAACCAGAGUCACGACGAUAACAGCGAAAACAACAAUGCUAUGAUCAGGAUAAUCGUCAUCGGUCAAAAUGGUAUGAAGGUCAGAGUAGUAGGCAAGAAGAGAGGUGUAAGAUUAUUACAAGGUCAAAAAUAUGAUUUAUCAUUAAACACAAAUCAAUCGGUUGAAUUAGAUUUCUUUGGUUGUAAAGCUUUGAUUCGACUGGAAGCGAAGCACCAACAACAACAAGAACAACAAGAAGAACAACAAAGGGGAUUAAGCGGCGAAAGAUUGUUCUCUUCUAGUCCAAUCAGCCAAAAUGAAUUACGAUUACAAAGUUCAAUGCCACCUUCGAGCCCACCCGUGAUGCCUGCUGAUCUCGAUGACGAGUUAUCUGAACUUGAAGAAGAGGCUCAUCGUGAAGUAUCGAUGAAAUCGGAAUCAUCCGUGGUUCCUGCUAUACAAAUAUUAGCAGCACCAGCUGAAGAAGUACAAGUAGAAGAAGAAGAAGACAGACAGUCAAGACAAUCAUCACCUUUAUCACCACCUUCAGAACCUCGACUUUCACCUUUGCCCGACAUGGAAGCUGAAGAUGAGGUUGUGGUUGAAGAUAUGAAACAAGGAGCAAAUCAACCAUCAUCUGCACAGAUGGAUAUCAAUGAGAAAUCAAUUAAAGCAGAAAAGAUUGAAUCUGCCAUCUCAGUCCCAACCGCCAACGUGAAACCAACAAGUAGAGCUUCAAGCCCAGUGAUAGUGGCUCCAGUACCAAACGAUGUGGAUUUACCUGCAAUAAUAGCUUCGACAGUUGUCUUUUCAGGUUCAAGUAAAUUGAGUUUACCAGAUUUAGUUAAACAUAUGUUAGAGUCACAACCGAGUUUGAAAGAUCAUGGUUCGGAGAAAACAUGGUUCGCUUGGGUAGGUCAAGCUUUACAAGGUAAUAAGAUGUUCGGAAAAGUUGAAAGGCAUGGAAAGGACUCCUCUGGACAUCCACUCUUACCACAUUACUAUUACAAUCCAGCUUCUGAUCCAGAUUCUUCCCGAGCGAAAGAAUUAGGUGCGUUGGUAAGGCCUUUGAGAACCGCUCAAAGAACAGGCGGGAAAACCAUCGAUUGGAGACCUGUAGGCAGAGGAAGGAGGUCCUAA